AUGUGGACGUCUAACCAUCGAAAGUCACUGCUCUUUACAAUAUCGGGACUCCUGACCACAACGUUUGUCAAUGCCCAGAAUUACUCCUGCCCAGGCAAUUUCCGGGACUACAGAAGCGUGAACUCAACCGGCCAGCACGAAUUCACUUGGAACUCCUCCUACGCUGGUGAAGACUCGUGGUAUGUCUCUGUCCUCAUUGGAUCUCGAGAAACCGAAUGGAAUGAUGGGAGCGAUGUCGAUGCGACUGCUUACAUCUCCGCUCCUGGAAACGUGCGCAAUGGCACAGGAUACUGCAGCUACCAAUACAACAACAUCAAUGCGACGUUGGAAUCCGGAAGAGAGAACAGCUGUAGCGGUGUGAUCAGCUCGGUCUGCAUAGACCAUCUGACCAAUGCACUAAGCGAAGUAGCGACCUACUGUCCUAGCCCCGACACUGGGUCCACAUCAGAAGCGUUCAAGAAGGCGUGUCCAAUGUUGAGAGGUGGUUCACACAGUACGUUCCUUCCAUUGUUUCUGCAAGAAAUCCCCUAA